GGCCCACAGAGUUUUGUCUGCGGAAGUAAAUCACCCCAUUGGAUUAUCUAUAUAGGGACAUGAGAAAUAUUGAAGAACUACUCCCAGUUGUGUAGCUACCAGGCAUUUGGAUGGAUAGAGUUAGAUUUUGCUAAAAACAAACUAAUUUUAUAUCCCUCUCAUACCCAUUUUCCCAUUAUCUGUACAACCCCCCAGUACAGGAUAUUCACAAAAAGGAAGGAGAUGCAACUCUUCUCAACUGUGAGGUUAAGUUCGAGGUUCCCCAAGAUCGGACAAUCCGGUGGAAAUUUGCUAAGGAACUCAGAACUGAGGACCUUUUUCUGUUCCAAGACCUGGCCUUUGGGUUCAAUCCAACCCUCCUAAUCCGGCCCACCUUAGGAGCCCACCAUGGGACAUUCAUCUGUGAGAUCGCAGAAGGAGAUGACUUGCUCAUCAGAAAGUACUUCUAUGUCAAUGUGACAGAGAAAAGACUUGGGCUGGAAAAAGAGCUGCAAAGUAUGUUCAUUGCCAUACUGAAUCCCCCGCCGAAGGUAGCGCAGGAGAUCGUGGAAAGACACCGACCUUCCCUGGAAGACAUGCUCUCAGGUCCAAACUUCUUGCAGAAAAAGAAUGUCAUUCUCCUCAUCAUAGGAAUAGUCCUGGGCUCCAUGGUCGUCACCAUGGUGGUAAUCGCCUGGCAGGAGUCCCGCAGCGCCCCCUAGCGUUGAUCCGGCCCCUUGCAGCUCCCUCGCUAACACUUGCCCUGGAAGUUCCCACGCGCCCAGGAUCUCCUUUCAUGGUCAGUGACGUCGGCAGUGGGCGGAGAAAGCCCCGCCUCUUUCCCCGGGCCCGCCUUCAUAUGAGUCAGAGGGGCUGAACGGAGGGACACGAGUGCUGGGAGUUUGCUCAGGAGUCGGGACCGCGUGGCAGCGAGUGAGAGAGCAACACGUUGCAAUGGCUGGGAUACAAAACCAACAGUCGACCAUGCAAGAAGAAGUAGAAAAGGGAGUCCGGUUUCUCUGUCGCAUGGUGAAGAACCGGAAUGAGAAAGUGGACAAGCAACGGGUGGAGCGUUUCGGCGAGUGCCUGGUUGCCAUCUUGUGUGAACGCUACACCGGGCACUGGUACCCAGAGAAACCCCUCAAAGGACAGGCUUACAGGUGUAUCCGGAUCAAUAGGAAUCAGCCUGUCGAUGAUUCGCUCCUGAAAGCUUGCAAAGACUGUGGACUGGAAUAUUCUGAAUUAAAGUUACCCUGGGAAUUUACCAUGUGGAUUGACCCUGGAGAGGUCUGCUGUCGGCUCAGUGAGAACAGCCACUAUUUUACGGUGAAGGAUGAGGAAGAGAGCACCACUGCCAGUGGCAAAACUACACCUGAUCCGGAGACAACAUCAGACUACCAUUCGGAGUCUCCCUCCUCCGAAUGUUCAUCGGAAGACGAGGGGAAAGCCAAGCUGGCAGCAAAAUCCACGGCCAUGAGCAAAUACGAACCAUGGAAAACCAACAACAACAACAAACAACAACAGCCGGCCCAGUAUUUCUACGUUCCGGCGCCUCUGUGGGUCCCAUGCCAUCAAGGCAUGGUCAGCUACCUCCCGGCGUACCAACCCGUAACCUUCUACUAUCCCAACGUCGGAUCGAAAAAGCCGGCCAAUAGGCAGCCCAACCCCAACUUGGUGAAGCGCCUCACCAAACGGGCCACGAAACCAUGAAAGACGACGUAGCUGGGCAACGGCAGUGGUCCCUAGCUCUUGCCCAAGCAUCUUCAGGACCAGAAGUUGGGACUCCACUGACAAUGCGACUCUCGAGCCUUAGUCCUCAGGGAAGGUAGCUGUUCUGCUAGCAAUUCUCUUAUGGAGGAAUCUUAGAUAGUUGGUGUCUUAGUUUUGCCCUCUUUGGUGUGUGUCAAGGGUGUCACCUUGUUUCUAUGGUGCUGAACGACUGUAGCAUUCCGACUGUGUAUAUAUAAAUAUAUUUGCAGCACUUUGUUGUGCGCUCAGAACGUUGCCUUGUUGGAGAAGGGAGCAAAGGAAUGGAGGAUGGAUACAGAUUCCUUCUUAGAUGGGUUCAAGCCUAUCCUGUCGCCCCACAGGAUAGGUUUGAACCCCAAAAGGUACUUACCUUUCAUCUCCCAGAAGGUGAAAUCUAAGCACGAGCUCCUCUUUCCUCAGUUUUCGUUUUCUUGGCUACUUCUGUAAAGCUGGGAAACAAGUAGAUGAUGCAUUUGUAUGUAUGUUGCACUUUAAGAAGUCAAUCCUGCUGCUACCAAAGUUGUGGGGAGAGGAGGUGAAUGUGGUAUGGACUUCUGUAUACACUGUUCAUGUGAAUAUAAUCUGUUUUUCAAAAUCCGUCCUUUGUUGGCUACUUGUAGGGCAAGGAAUAGAGAAGUAGAAUGCAUUUCCUUGCUGUCCUAGCUUUUGAAAUUUUCACCAGGCACAGUGCCUCCGCUUCUAUCUUUUGGGCACGAAUAGGGUGGCUCUCCAAAUACUGUAAAUCCCAUCUUUCCACACCAUUGAUUUAGGGCAUCUGGGGCUCAAUCUAUGCCUCCAUAUAAACUAGAUUGUCAACACAGAUAAUCCAUGUAUUGUCAAAGGAUGAAAUCACUGGGUUGUUGCAAGUUUUUCAGGCGGUAUGGCCAUGUUCCAGAAGCAUUCUCUCUUGACGUUUUGCCCACAUCUAUGACAAGCAUCCUCGGAUGUUGGAAAUUUUGUAAACUAGGAAAAUGGGGUUGAUAUAUCUGUGGAAUGAUGUCCAGGGUGGGAGAAAGAACAUCUUUCAACAAAGGAUUCCCCCAGGCAGUAAGAAGUACCACCUUGAAACCGCUACGCCAGUGGUUCUUGACCUGUGGGUCCCCAGGUGUUUUGGCCUACAACUCCCAGAAACCCCAGCUAGUUUACCAGCUGUUAGGAUUUCUGGGAGUUGAAGGUCAAAACAUCUAAAGGUCAAAAUAUCUGAAGAUCAAAACAUCUUACUGCCUGGGGGAAUCCUUUGUUGAGAUGUGAUUAGCUCUUCUUUCUCCCACCCUGGACAUUCUACAGAUAUAUAAACCCAAUUUUCCUAGUUUCCAACAGACCUCAUAACAUGUGAGAAUGCCUGCCAUAGAUGUGGGUGAAACGUCAGGAGAGAAUGCUUCUUGAACAUGGCCAUACCGACCGAAACAUUUACAAGAACCCACAGUCAAUCCGCAUUUUCUGCUUUGGACUGGAUUAUAUGAUCCAGUUGAAAGCAGAUAAUUUAGUUUUUAUAUGGCAGUGGAGAUGGGGCCUGGGAGCCAUUGUUCCACAAUCCCUCCAGAGAGCCACACUUCCCAUCAUUGGCCCGAAUCCACUUGUUACUCCUAAUUUAAGUAGUUCCAUUGUAUCAAAGGAAAGUUAGUUAUGUCAACUCAUUCUGUUGGACUUUAACUUGCACUAUUCCUAACAGUUUCAGGCCCUUCAACCCAACAAAGGAUUCCUCCAGGCUGCAAUCAGCCAGGCUUUGAAGCUGCAAGGCCAUUCAGUGCUAAUCAAGGUGGCCUAUUGCAACAUUCACACUUACAUCAAACAGUUCUUUCUCCCACCCUGGAUGUUCCUCAGAUAUAUAAACCUCACUUGCCUAGUUUCCAACAGACCUCAGGCUCUUUCCUGAGACUGUUAGGAAUUGUGGGAGUUGAAGUCCAAAACUCCUGGAGAGUCAAAGUUGGCCCAUACCUGAUCUACACUGUCGAAUUAAGAUUUUACUUUCAUGGCUCAAUACUGUGGAAUCCAGGGAGAUGUAGUUUAGUAAGGUCUUUAGCUUUGCCCGCCAAAGAGUGUUGCCACUUGCCCAAACUACACAUCCCAUGAUUCCUGUUAACUUUGAGCCAAAUAAAACUACAACCCUUUGGAUUCCAUAGCAGUAAGCGAUAGUAGUGUCAAACUGCAUUAGUUCUACAGUGUGGAUGCAUAUUAGUUGGAAGUUACAGGUGGAUUUUGGGUUUUAUAUUUUGUAAACAUAAAUGGAAAAAGACAGCUGAAUUUAAAAUGUUGUUCCCAUUGGCAGCGUGUGUUCUGGCGACGCCAUGUGGCUGUAAAAAUAAAUAAUACUUCACCUACCUCAAGUGAUAUCGUUGUAAAGAGAUUUAUGAAUGAAGCAGAGUUUAAUUAUUGUAUAUUGAAGGAUUUUUUUAAGCGCUUGGCUGGAAGUAACUUGUUGUUGGGCAAAGUAUUAUUAUUAUUGUUAUUAUUAUUCACGAUGUUUAAUAUAUGUCCUGUAAAUAACAGCUGUGUGCUUUUUUUAAUUUAUGGAAAGAGUAUAAUUGUGCGAAAUGUCUUUUAUCUGCAGCUUGUUUUGAUGCACCAUUGAUACAAUGUCCUUUUUUGCCUUUUUUAAAAGAACCUUUUAUAUGAAAAAUGCCUUUUAAAAUAAAUUAAUAAAAAUUGUACCUAAUUCUAAAUAA